AUGGCAUCUCUCCUGGUUAUCGGCGGGAUCCUCCUCGCAGCGAAAUACGCCGACGAGCACGCCGAGAAAAAGAAUCGCGAGAUCGGUCCUGACUCGGAUAGCUAUACCGAAGUCACUCUAUCCAAACCCUCAAAGCGCGACAAGUUCAAGCCGAAAUACUGGCACUCGCGAAAGACAAGGCGACAGUCUGAUAUCUGCGAGGCUUCCCCGCCGCCUUAUGCAGAGCUUCCAGCGUACCGGGAACUUGAGAAGAUGGAUGACCCCACUGAGCUGGAUAGCAGUGAGAUUGGACGUGACCGGCUAGCCGUUGAGGCACAUGGGACGCCGUAUGAGGAGCGCUAUAUCAAAGAGCGUCUCCCAGAGCUUGCUUAACGUUACUAUUUCUCUUUCGUCAUGUGGAGUUUAAGGAUUUGGGGUGGGCAGCGAUGAUUUCUUAUUGAACUGCGUAUAUGUAUCAUAUUGCUCAUG